GGCGACACGCACCUGGGCGGGGAGGACUUCGACAACCGGCUGGUGAACCACUUCGUGGAGGAGUUCAAGAGGAAACACAAGAAGGACAUCAGCCAGAACAAGCGAGCUGUGAGGCGGCUGCGCACCGCCUGUGAGAGGGCCAAGAGGACCCUGUCGUCCAGCACGCAGGCCAGCCUGGAGAUCGACUCCCUGUUCGAGGGCAUCGACUUCUACACGUCCAUCACCAGGGCGAGGUUCGAGGAGCUGUGCUCCGACCUGUUCCGUGGCACCCUGGAGCCGGUGGAGAAGGCCCUGCGCGACGCCAAGCUGGACAAGGCGCAGAUCCACGACCUGGUGCUGGUGGGCGGCUCCACCCGCAUCCCCAAGGUGCAGAAGCUGCUGCAGGACUUCUUCAACGGCCGCGACCUCAAUAAGAGCAUCAACCCUGAUGAGGCGGUGGCCUAUGGGGCGGCGGUGCAGGCCGCCAUCCUGAUGGGGGACAAGUCAGAGAACGUGCAGGACCUGCUGCUGCUGGACGUGGCGCCCCUGUCGCUGGGGCUGGAGACGGCCGGGGGCGUGAUGACCGCCCUGAUCAAGCGCAACUCCACCAUCCCCACCAAGCAGACGCAGAUCUUCACCACGUACUCGGACAACCAGCCCGGGGUGUUGAUCCAGGUGUACGAGGGCGAGCGGGCCAUGACGCGAGACAACAACCUGCUGGGGCGCUUCGAGCUGAGCGGCAUCCCCCCUGCCCCCAGGGGCGUGCCCCAGAUCGAGGUGACCUUUGACAUCGACGCCAACGGCAUCCUGAACGUCACGGCCACCGACAAGAGCACCGGCAAGGCCAACAAGAUCACCAUCACCAAUGACAAGGGCCGCCUGAGCAAGGAGGAGAUCGAGCGCAUGGUGCAGGAGGCAGAGAAGUACAAGGCSGAGGACGAGGUGCAGCGCGAGAGGGUGUCUGCCAAGAACGCCCUGGAGUCCUAUGCCUUCAACAUGAAGAGCGCUGUGGAGGACGAGGGGCUCAAGGGCAAGAUCAGCGAGGCCGACAAGAAGAAGGUGCUGGACAAGUGCCAAGAGGUCCUUUCCUGGCUGGACGCCAACACCCUGGCCGAGAAGGAUGAAUUUGAGCACAAGAGGAAGGAGCUGGARCAGGUGUGUAACCCCAUCAUCAGUGGACUGUACCAGGGUGCGGGUGGUCCCGGGGCUGGAGGCUUUGGAGCUCAGGCCCCCAAAGGGGGCUCUGGAUCGGGCCCCACCAUCGAGGAGGUGGAUUAGAGGUCUUUCCUUCUUCCCUCCCUCCAUGUUUUUCCUGUCGUUGAGACCCACUGUUGGGACUCCAGGGCUUUGCUGUUUGCCCUCUGUUAUUAUCCAACUUCAGUUUUCUGCUGCUGACUUUUUUCUAAAGUGACUGUUGUAUCUGGAUGGUAACUAUAGCUGAAUGUCAUUAUAUUUUUGUGGUGUAAGCCAUGUGUUCUUUAGGUUUAAUGUAAGUUAGCUCUGUGAGGAUGUCUUUCCUCUUCUCCUUGUUUUCUAACAUAAACAAUCAUACAUCGGAUAAGAGUGUUGAUUUGUGUUUGCAAGAAGACAAAGGCUCAUUUUAUUUUUCAAAUGAUGAAAAAUUGAAAUCGUCAGUAGAACUGCCAGGUUUUGGCUGGCCCUGGAAUUGUUGUCUUUGGGCCUCUUGUCCCCAAGGGGUUUCUGUCUGGCUCCUCCAUUCAGGAGGAAGGUUAAAGACCCUUCCUUCCAUAGGCCAUGUUUGUAGAUGGUUGAGCAUCAAGACUUUACUUUUUCUUGUAUCUUUUAUUGUUUGCAAACUAUAUAUUUUGUUGAACUUGAUGUUUCUCCGCUUUUUAAAUAUAGAGAUGAAUUUAUACUGUCACUUUGUCCAUUUUCUUUUUUAUGUACUCAUACUGAACUCAAACCAAU